CGUCACAUGUCACGUUCACUGCUUUCGCCAGAGUUAGGUGGAUUUCAAAUAAGAAUAUAUCCAAACAUCAACAUUUUGUACAUGCUUCUCGGACCGACAGGUCUCUUUCCCGUCAAGUGGGAGUAGGGACACAUUUCGCAGGAUGCAGCCCCUGAAGGAUGCACAGCUGGGCGCUUUCACAUUCUUUGCCUCGGCUCUCCCCCAUGAUGUCUGUGGGAGCAACGGCCUUCCCCUCACCCCUAACUCCAUCAAAAUUCUGGGACGGUUCCAAAUCCUAAAGACCAUCACCCAUCCCAGACUGUGCCAGUAUGUGGACAUCUCCAGAGGAAAGCACGAACGUCUCAUUGUUGUCGCCGAACACUACGAGAGCGGUUUGAGCGAUUUCCAAAAACAAGGACACAAAGUCAGCCCAGAGAGGGUUUUGCAGCUUGCCUACGAGGUCCUCGAAGGUCUGGCCUUCAUGAACAAACACGGUAUGGUGCACAGAGCCCUGAGUGUCAACAACGUGCUCCUGGACCGCGAGGGGAACGUAAAGCUGGCCAAGUUUGGCUUCUAUCACAUGACUGAUCACGGCGCUGAUGUGGACUUUCCAAUUGGGUACCCAUCAUACCUUGCCCCAGAGGUGAUCGCUCAGAGUUCCUUCCACCCCAGUGACCCUUCCCACAAUACAGCGCCGCGACCCUCCGGACCCAAAACGGAUGUGUGGUCGCUGGGAGUUCUGCUUUUUGAAUUGUGUGUUGGUCGAAAGCUGCUGCACAACAUUGACAUAAGUGAGAAGCUGAAGUUCAUUCUAACUCUGGGCUGUAUGGACGACAUUGUCACCGUCCUGGGUGAGGAGCACGGUUGCCUGGAAACCAUCAAGGGCCUGCCUGAGAAUGUUCUGGAGUUACUACGAAAAUGCUUGACCUUCCUUCCUUCCAAACGGCCGACCCCUGGCGAGCUCCUCGGAGAUCCAGUGUUCGAUGGCGUUUCUUGCCUCUACACGACAUUCCAGAAGCCUGUGAGCCUCUUCUCAUCUUCUCUACGCUGUGCACAUCUGGAGCUCCCGGAGGACAUCGGCGACCUUUGCAAAGAUGACGACGAUGACUACCUAGCCGAGCGGGCCAUAAAUGAGGUGUAUCACCUGUGGUGCCUGGCAGGGGGCGACCUAGAGAAGGAGCUGACCAAUAAGGAGAUCAUACAGUCCAAACCUCCCAUUUGCACACUACCCAAUUUUGUCCUGGAGGAUGGGGAGUCGUUUGGCCAGUGGAGGGAUCGGAGUUUCUUACUUGACGACACAACAGUGACACUAUCACUGUGCCAGCUGAGGAAUAGACUAAAGGACGUGGCAGGCGAAGCUUAUUUCCCUCUGCUGGAGGACGAACGGUCAAGCGUGACGCAUUCCAACAGCGCCAACGAGCUGUCGGCCACGGUCACCCUGCCGCUCAUCAUCCGCGAGAGAGACACCGAGUACCAGCUCCUCCGCAUCAUCCUCUUUGACAGGCUGCUUGAGGCUUAUCCCUACAAGAAGAAGCUGGUGUGCAAAGAGGCCAGGGUGGACAUCCCGCCUCUUGUGCGUGGUCUGGCGUGGGCUGCGCUGCUGGGCAUUGAGGGGGACAUUCAGGCCAAAUACGAAAGCAUAGACAAGGACACGCCCAUUCCAACGGACAGACAGAUCGAAGUGGACAUCCCCAGAUGCCACCAAUACGACGAGCUGCUGUCGUCUCCGCAUGGCCACGUUAAGUUCAGGCGGGUUUUGAAAGCCUGGGUGGUCUCCCAUCCGGACCUGGUCUACUGGCAGGGUUUGGAUUCACUUUGCGCCCCGUUUCUCUACUUGAAUUUUAACAAUGAGGCUUUGGCUUACUCUUGUAUGUCGGCCUUCAUCCCCAAAUACCUCUUCAACUUUUUCCUGAAGGACAACUCGCACGUCAUCCAAGAAUACUUGACAGUCUUCUCCCAAAUGAUCGCCUUCCACGACCCAGAGCUGAGCAAUCACCUCAAUGAGAUCGGCUUCAUUCCUGACCUCUACGCCAUUCCCUGGUUCCUGACCAUGUUCACACACGUGUUUCCGCUGCACAAGAUCUUCCACCUGUGGGACACGCUGCUGCUGGGCAAUUCUUCUUUCCCCUUCUGCAUCGGCGUAGCCAUACUGAAGCAGCUCAGGGACCGCCUCCUGGCUAAUGGCUUCAACGAGUGCAUCCUGCUGUUCUCCGACCUGCCAGAAAUUGACAUUGAGCGCUGCGUCCGUGACUCUAUCAACCUCUUCUCCUACACACCAAAAAGCGCCACAUUCAGACAACACGCGCAGCUUCAGAAGGUGUCUGGUGAGAAAAACGUCACGUACUACUCGUCCGACUACCAGGAUUUCCCCAAGACGGACCUUUCUCGGGAGCCUCUGGCGCUGCUGGACCUGAAAGCUGAGGUGUCUCCUCGCAUCUCGGCAGAGGACUUCAUCGACCUGUGCGACAUGUCGUUCCCCGGAAGCAGCAGGACCAAAGGCAGCAAGCCAAGAAUUAUUGCUGUUGACAUCCGCAGCGCGGAGGACUUCAGCAGAGGCCACAUGUCCGGCAGCAUCAACGUUCCAUUCGGCACAACGUUCGGAGCCAACGAUGAGGUGCUGCAGUGUCCAGCAGCGGGGAUCCUCCAGAACUACGGCGGACGGGUCGUCGUCGUCAUCGGUCACGCCGCGAAGAAAGCUGCUGUGUUUGCCACACACCUCGUCAAGGUGAACUUCCCACUGGUUUGCAUUCUGGAUGGAGGGAUCAACAAGCUAAAGCCCACCGGACUUCUGACCGUUCCUUCCCCUCAGAUCUGACCCAAGCUGUUGGUGCUAUUGGGGGGGAAAGACGUGCAUCAUUAAUGAUUGGAGGCACCCCCAAAACAGUGGAACAUCUAAAGUCCAAUAAGGUAGACUCUGAACUAAAUGUGUGUGCACCAAUAGUGGGCAUGUUGCGGGUGAUCUCCUAAGAUUGUGUUCACAGUUGAUAACAAGUGAAAAUGUUUUAAUAUACAAAAACCUGUAGUAAAUCAGGCUUCUAAGAGUUUCAAGCACCGUCAUGGAAGAUCUCGCAAGACCACUGAAAGUGCGAGUGUCUUUUGCUUCUUCUUUGCCCUUUUUGUGUCUUUAUACAGUAGAAGAAAUGGUGUCAUGUAUCACUGUUUCCCCUGAAAUGUCCUCAUAUACAAUGUAUAAUGGCUUGCCCUCCCCAUACGGAAUUCAAAUUACAAUUAAUUUGAUGAUUUUUUUUGUAAUAAUUUAUAAACACGCUCUUGCCCUAGCUCGGGGGUCAGCAACCCGUGGCUCUUUAGCGCCGCCCUAGUGGCUCCCAGGAGCUUUUUCAAAAAUGUAUGAAAAUGGAAAAAGAUGAGGCAAAAAAUAUAUAUUUUUGUUUUAAUAUGGUUUCUGUAUGAGGACAAACAUGACACAAACCUUCCUAAUUGUCAGAAAUCCCAAUGUUUAUAUUAAAAAUGCUUCACCGAUGAGAAUAUUUGGCGCCCGCCAUUUCGUCCUACUAAUUUCGCAAGUCCUUGAAAGCACCGUAGUUUGUUUACAUGUGCAACUUUCUCCGACGCUGCUACAGAAAGACGUGUUUUAUGUCACUCCUUUUUUGUCCACCAAACUUUUUAUGCUGUGUGUGAAUGCACAAAGGUGAGCUUUGUUGAUGUUAUUGACUUGUUGGAGUGCUAAUCAGACAUGCUGUACUUGGUCACAGCAUAGCAUGUUAGCUAAUCGAUGCUAACAUGCUAUUUAUGCUAGCUGUAUGUACAUAAUGCAUCAUUAUAGGCCAGGGGUCGGCAACCCGCGGCUCUUUAGCGCCGCCCUAGUGGCUCUCUGAAGCUUUUUCAAAAAUGUAUGAAAAAUGGAAAAAGAUGAGGGGAAAAAAAAAUAAAUUUUGUUUUAAUAUGGUUUCUGUAUGAGGACAAACAUGACACAAACCUCCCUAAUUGUUAUAAAGCACACUGUUUAUAUUAAACAUGCUUCACUGAUUCGAGUAUUUGGCGAGAGCCGUUUUGUCCUACUAAUUUUGGCGGUCCUUGAACUCACCGUAAUUUGUUUACAUGUAUAACUUUCUCCGACUUUCUAGGACGUGUUUUAUGCCACUUUCUUUUUCUGUCUCAUUUUGUCCACCAAACUUUUAAGGUUGUGCAUGAAAGGUGAGUUUUGUUGAUGUUAUUGACUUGUGUGGAGUACUAAUCAGACAUAUUUGGUCACUGCAUGACUGCAAGCUAACCGAUGCUAACAUGCUAUUUAGGCUAGCUAUAUGUACAUAUUGCAUCAUUAUGCCUCAUUAGUAGGUAUAUUUGAGGUCAUUUAGUUUCCCUUAAGUCCUCUUAAUUCAAUGUAUAUCUCAUGACACGUACACUAUCUGUAUGUAACAUGGCUUUUAAUUUUUUGCGGCUCCAGACAGAUUUGUUUUUGUAUUUUUGGUCCAAUAUGGCUCUUUCAACAUUUUGGGUUGCCGACCCCUGCCCUAGUGGCUCCCAGGAGCUUUUUCAAAAAUGUAUGAAAAUGGAAAAAGAUGAGGCAAAAAAUGUUUUUGUUUGUUUUAAUAUGGUUUCUUUGGGAGGACAAACAUGACACAAACCUUCCUAAUUGUCAGAAAUCCCAAUGUUUAUAUUAAAAAUGCUUCACUGAUGAGAAUAUUUGGCGCCCGCCAUUUCGUCCUACUAAUUUCGCAAGUCCUUGAAAGCACCGUAGUUUGUUUACAUGUGCAACUUUCUCCGACGCUGCUACAGAGAGACGUGUUUUAUGUCACUCCUUUUUUGUCCCAUUUUGUCCACCAAACUUUUUAUGCUGUGUGUGAAUGCACAAAGGUGAGCUUUGUUGAUGUUAUUGACUUGUUGGAGCGCUAAUCAGACAUGCUGUACUUGGUCACAGCAUAGCAUGUUAGCUAAUUGAUGCUAACAUGCUAUUUAUGCUAGCUGUAUGUACAUAAUGCAUCAUUAUAGGCCAGGGGUCGGCAACCCGCGGCUCUUUAGCGCCGCCCUAGUGGCUCUCUGAAGCUUUUUCAAAAAUGUAUGAAAAAUGGAAAAAGAUGAGGGGAAAAAAAAAAAAA